GCUGCCGCCAUCUUUGUUGGGGCUGACAACCUGCAAGCCAAGAAGUACGAGAAGGGCCAGGUGCGGUGGCUCACGCCUGUAAUCCCAGCACUUUGGGAGGCCGAGACGGGUGGAUCACCUGAGGUCAGGAGUUCGAGACCAGCCUGACCAACGUGGUGAAACCCUGUUUCUACUAAAUACAAAAUAUUAGCCGGACGUGGGGGCGCGUGCCUGUAAUCCCAGCUACUUGGGAGGCUGAGGCAGGAGAAUCGCUUGAACCCGGGAGGCGGAGAUUGCAGUGAGCCGAGAUUCCGCCAGUGCACUCCAGCCUGGGCAACAAGAGCUAAAACUCUGUCUCAGAAAAAAAAAAAAAAAAAAAAAAAGUACCUGGAAAAAGUCGCAGACAGCGAGCUUUUCGCCAGUGCCAAGAUUACAGAUAAAACGAGAGAGACUAAGAGAGGGAGCGCGAGCACUAGCGCGAGAGGGAGAGAGCGAGAGCGCGCGCGCCGAUGACGUCACGCUCGGCGUCUCGGCCAUCUUAGCUGUAGAUAGAGGCGGCAACUUCGGAAGUGCGGAGCGGGUGGGCCUAUAUAGAUGCUGAGGCUCGGAGGCCGUGGGCUUUUGUUGGGCCUGGCUGUAGCCGCAGCAGCGGUGAUGGCAGCACGGCUUAUGGGCUGGUGGGGUCCCCGCGCUGGCUUUCGCCUUUUCAUACCGGAGGAGCUGUCUCGCUACCGCGGCGGCCCAGGGGACCCGGGCCUCUACUUGGCGUUGCUCGGCCGUGUCUACGAUGUGUCCUCCGGCCGGAGGCACUACGAGCCUGGGUCCCACUAUAGCGGCUUCGCAGGCCGAGACGCAUCCAGAGCUUUCGUGACCGGGGACUGUUCUGAAGCAGGCCUCGUGGAUGACGUAUCCGACCUGUCAGCCGCUGAGAUGCUGACACUUUACAAUUGGCUUUCAUUCUAUGAGAAGAAUUAUGUGUGUGUUGGGAGGGUGACAGGACGGUUCUACGGAGAGGAUGGGCUGCCCACCCCGGCACUGACCCAGGUAGAAGCCGCGAUCACCAGAGGCUUGGAGGCCAACAAACUACAACUGCAGGAGAAGCAGACAUUCCCGCCGUGCAACGUGGAGUGGAGCUCAGCCAGGGGCAGCCGGCUCUGGUGCUCCCAGAAGAGUGGAGGUGUGAGCAGAGACUGGAUUGGCGUCCCCAGGAAGCUGUAUAAGCCAGGUGCUAAGGAGCCCCGUUGCGUGUGUGUGAGAACCACCGGCCCCCCUAGUGGCCAGAUGCCGGACAACCCUCCACACAGAAAUCGUGGGGACCUGGACCACCCAAACUUGGCGGAGUACACAGGCUGCCCACCGCUAGCCAUCACAUGCUCCUUUCCACUCUAAGCCGUAGCCUUUUCUGUUGAUAACACACAGAGAGCUCUGCCAAGCACCUGAGUAGGCCCUUGACACUUGUGUGCCCUGCGAUGCCUCCUGGCGCGAAUCAGGAGGGUCUGGAAGGACUCUGGCUAUAUUCUGCAAAUGUGGCUCAUGCCCCUUACCGUGGCUCGGCGUUGUGGUGCCUGAGGGACAGCCGGCCACCUGCCCAGUACUGGUCAGCUUUUCACCACUAUUCCCUUUGACCUACUGGCCAUCUUCCUCACAGCCCUCAGAUAUCAACGGGCACAAAUAAGACCAACUCAAUUUCCACUUGAAUUUACGACCAAAAGCCUGCUGAGUUGAUUACAGCUGGGCCAAUACAGUAAGAGGCAAUAACAAAUUAGCGUGGGUUGAUUCUGGAAUUGGAAAAGCUUUUGCUUGUAUGGAUACAGCAAAUCCAGAUGUCUCUGAACAAAGCAACAAUUUAAAGCAACGACAUUUUCUCUCCUUUAAGCACUUAAAAUCAGGUGUGGUAUGUUUUCAAAGGCAGAAGUCUGCAUUUUGAGCAAAAGGUGGCUUCCCAGCUCUAACAAGGUAACUGGUUAGCAUGACAUUAAAGCUUGGGCAAGGCUUCAAACUUAA